UUUAGAUUUGAAAAUUUAAUUUAUUUACUAUUUUCUUUACAGUAGAGGAAGUGACAAAUGCAUGGAGGAAUUUAAAGGGUCAAUACGAGUCAGAACGUCGAAAAGUAAGGCAAUAUAUGUACUCAGGAUCCGGAGCCACAAACUACGAAUCUUCCUGGAAAUAUUUCAAUUUGAUGGGCUUCUUAGUUACUUUUCCUUUAAAUCGCGAAACUGACAGUAAUUUUCGACUGCCAAAAAGGAGGCGUGAACCUGAGGCAGACAUUGUCGAAGUUGAUGACGAUACAGAAGACGACAAACGAACAGUAGUUAACAGCAGUAGCGAUGAUGAUCUGGGAGAAAUAGAAGAACCCUCAAACUCCGGAAACGAAAUGGUUGAAAACCAAAAUAAUUAUUUUCUAGCAAUCAGAGAUUGCUGGAAACGCGUUUCUGAUAAAAACAAAAUAA